CCACCCCACUGGAUCAUUAAAGAUUUCAAAUAAGAUAUAGUUCGGCACUCUGAGGGUUUCAGUAACAGGCAUAUAAAAGUCUCCAUAUCAGAUUAGAUUCUGAGCCUGCUGGAGACAUGGCAGUUUGCCAAACAUAGCACACACCACAGCUCUUCCAGAUAGUAACACAAACACAGUGAAACUUCCCAGGUUCCAUUUUUUUAGGACACACAAAUUUGUGCAUACAAAUUAGACAUACAGUCAUCGUGAUUGUGUGCACAAAGGCAGGAAGAACAUUGUGUGCUGCACAUCUCAGAGACACAACACAAAGCUCACCGCCUAGCGAGACAAGAGGCAAGGGCAUGACUGCCAUGUUACACUGUGCCUCUGCCUUGGCUGGCUCCAGGACUGGACAGCAUAUUCCAGCAAUGGUCACACCAGUCCCAAAUACACAGGAGCUGAUCCAAUUUACACAACUGUGAUAACACGAUUGAGUGAUUGUCAGAGGUGAGGAGCGCUAGCAUCACCAAGUCAUUGCAUCACACAACGUACUGAGGAAGAAAAUGUCCAAUCAAACCGCUGUUUCUGAGUUCCUUCUCCUGGGAUUCUCUGAUGUUCGGGAGCUGCAGAUUUUACACUUUGUGGUGUUCCUGGUGAUUUACCUGGUGGCCCUGAUAGGGAAUCUUCUCAUCAUCACAGCCAUAGCCCUUGACCACCAUCUUCACACCCCCAUGUACUUCUUCCUGGUGAACCUGUCCAUCCUAGAUCUCAGCUCCAUCUCUGUCACCAUCCCCAAAUCUAUGGCCAAUUCCCUCAUGAACACCAGGUACAUUUCUUAUUCUGGAUGCGUCACACAAGUCUUUCUCCUUAUCGUCUUUAUUUCAGCGGAUUAUGCAUUAUUGACUGUCAUGGCAUACGACCGACACAUCGCCAUCUGCCAACCACUGCACUACGAGAGAGUGAUGAACAGGAGAGCUUGUGUCCAAAUGGCAGCCAGUGCCUGGAUCAGUGGCAUUCUUUACUCUGCCCUGCACACUGGGAGCACAUUUGUGAUAUCUUUCUGUGGCGGCAACGUGGUGGAUCAGUUCUUCUGUGAAAUCCCCCAGCUCCUCAAGCUCGCCUGCUCUGACUCAGACCACAGUGAAACUGGGGCUAUUGUCUUCAGUGCAUGCUUAGCCUUAAGCUGCUUUGUUUUCAUAAUUGUGUCAUAUAUUCAGAUCUUCAAAGCAGUGCUAAGAAUCCCCUCUGAGCGGGGCCGGCGUAAAACCUUCGCCACCUGCCUUCCUCACCUUACUGUGGUCUCCUUGUCUAUUUUCACUGGGACUGUUGCGUACCUGAAACCAACCUCCAGCUCAGCAUCAUGGCUGGAUCUCAUAGUGGGUGUUCUUUAUUCUGUGGUGCCUCCAAUGAUGAAUCCCAUCAUCUACAGCAUGAGAAACAGGGAGGUGAAAGGUUCAUUGAGUAAACUGAUAGGUUGGAGGUUAUUCAGCAAGAAUAAAAUGUCCAUAUUUCUCCAUUGAUAGCAAUUUCAUUCUGACUUUCCUUAUAAAUAUAAUCAGCUGAUGACAUUAUCGCCUCCAUGUGAAUAUACCAUGCAACAUCUUUAUGCAGAAUUGGGUAUUUGCACAUGUAAUAAACCAGACAAACAUAACUCAAGAAAAAUAAGACUGACUUCAGGUUUAAACCAAUGUAAAUGAGAUCCAGAAUCUAUCUAUCUAUCUAUCUAUCUAUCUAUCUAUCUAUCUAUCUAUCUAUCUAUCUGUCUAUCUAUCUAAGAACCGGCACAUAAAAUGAGU